GGAGAUUUUAAAAUGAACUUCCGGAAGAUUUCCAGAAGGGAUUCCAGUAGAGUUUGCACAUAUAAACUCCAGGAGGACUAUUAGAAAGAACUCCAAGAGAAUUACAAGAAAGAAGUCUUAGAGGAUUCCCAGAAGGAGCUUCUGAAGGACUCCCAAAAGAAACUUUUCCUAAAUUAAUACUUGUAGGAUUCCCAGAUGGAACUCCUGCAGAAACUUCAGUAGAAGCUCCAGAAAAAUUAGACGGAUCUCUUGGAGGAAACGCAAUAGAAAAUUGUGUAGACAUUUCAAGGAAUCCAAUAGAAGCCCUUGGAGGAAUCGAAGAACGAAGUCAUUCAUGAAUUCCAGAAAGAAUUCCUGCAAGAAUCCCUGAAGGUAUGUGGGUAAGUUCCACAAGGAAUACCUUAACGAAUUUUUAGAAAAAUCUAGAAAAGUCAUUUAAAAUAGCAACAUUAUGACGCCACUCGCGAUUACUCGUAAUUUAUUCAGCUUAAUCUAGUUUUUUUUGCUACGCAAAGCUAGUCAGAACCAUCUCACGGGAAAGCUCUAUUUUGUACAUUUCUAAACAGCCCCGCGAAUAUCUUGACCCCCAAAGGGCGAACGAACAUUUUUCAAGGAAGAAAGUGAAAUUACUACAUUCAUACAUACAUUCAUCGAACCGACCGUGUCCGCGUGACCGUCUACGAAAUAAAUAUAAAAGGAAAUAAAUAGUACCAUUUGAACAACUACCGCGUGCUCUGCUCUGUUCGAACGCCACAGAAAGUGCAAUUAUUUCCCCUUGCCCGCUGGGGUGGUAAUAACUGCCAUUAGACACGGUCGGCAACUGAAAAACAUAGUUGCACGUCGUCGGCGGCAACGGCGGCCUUGCCAUAGAGCUAUGACCUUCCGGAUGGUAUCGAUUGAUUUUCCGUUUUGUUUGCUACACGAUGAGUUCCACCGCAAGCCGGGCAGCUACCCGCCCUCGAAAGCCCCGGACGGUUCGCGGAAGCGUCCCGAAACGGCAGGCACGGAAACCGUUUGUGGUGACCAUUCCGCCGGCUAUCCUGUCGGUGGGGCGGAUUGUUAGGCAGGUGAUCGAUCAGCUGAUAUUACGGACCUUAUCGAGGGUUCUGUUCCUCGUUUGGAGCCUAUUCGUUGGGAGGGAUUUUAUUAAUCGUACAACUGUUGAAAUGACGGCGGGUAGCUCGACUAGGAACCUAUCGCCGUCUUCAUGCGAACCGGUAUUCGAGACUGUUGAUACAGAAGAUGGCAACAAUUCGUCAUCGCAAUCGGCACCCGGCAAGGAUCAGCUUCCUGUUCCGAAUCCAGUGCUCUACCCGCGGAAAAACGUUCAACUCGGCUGGAAGGCCACCGGACACAAGUGGAACGUCGGUGCCGGCUUCACCAACGUCGGCAACACGUGCUAUCUCAACUCGACGCUGCAGGCUCUGUUCCACGUGCCGGCCAUCGCCAACUGGCUCCUGUCGGACAAGGCCCACCGCGAGCACUGCGACGAUAACGUUAACGGUCAAGGAUGCAUAAUCUGCGCCAUGGCCAAGACGUUGCUCGCAUCGCAGAACAAUCAGGGCUCAAUCAAACCGUACAUGGUAGUUUCGAAACUUCGAUCGGUUUGCAAACACUUGACUCCCGGACGACAGGAAGAUGCCCACGAAUUCCUGCGCUAUCUGGUGGAAGCCAUGGAAAAGUGCUACCUGGCGAGAUUCAAAAACAGCAAAGAGCUGGACCAGUACAGCAAGGAAACUACACCAUUAAAUCAGAUCUUGGGAGGUUAUUUGCGGUCCGAGGUCAAGUGUUUAAACUGCAAGCACGUGUCCACAACGUUCCAGCACUUUGAAGAUCUGCUGUUGGACAUUCGGAAGGUGAGUUCCAUCGAGGAGGCCCUUCAAACGUACUUUGCUCUGGAACGACUCGAGGAAAUGCAGUACAAGUGUGAAGCUUGUAAGAAGAAGGUAGCCGCGACGAAGCAGUUUUCCCUUGAACGCGCACCUUCUGCACUGUGCAUUCAGCUCAAACGAUUUUCCAUGAUGGGAGGUAAAAUUAACAAGCAUGUAGAGUUGAAAACCCGGCUGGACCUGACUCCAUACUCGUCGAAGACUGCUGUGUCAAAUGGUAAACUGACUUACAAAUUGGCUUCCAUGGUCACUCACUUGGGAAGUACCCAGCACUGCGGACAUUACACGGCGAUAGGAGGAACCGAAAGUGGAACCUAUUACGUAUUCGAUGACAGCUUAGUUAGACCGAUUUCAAUACAGAACGUCACCAACACUAGUGCGUAUAUAAUUUUCUACGAACAGGACGUUCAGAAUGGGAUUAAGCCCAGCGCCUGCAGCACUGCCACGUCGUCUUCUUAUGGCAACGCCUAUGGGAGCCCUACCGGGAAGUUCGGGAGCAGUUUCGAAGGUGGAUCCAGUACCAGUAGACCCACCUCGUCACCCCUCCGAGUUUAUGGGUCUAGCAGCAACUCUGGCAACAACCCUCUUAUCCCGAGUAAGUUGGAAUCCCGACCGAACUUUAUUGGCCCAGUGCUGCCUCAGAAGAUGACGCAAGAAAAAACCAAAAACUUUGCAAACGGGCUGAGCCUCUACGAUGAGGACGAAGGUGAAGCAGUCGUCACAUCUAGCAAUUCCCGGGUUUCGCCGAUCUCAUCGACCACGUCGUCACUUUCCGGUUCUUCACCCAACAAACAACCCUGCCCGACUGGUUCCAGUGCUAGCAAACUCGUCCGCAAUUCCCCAGUGUCCUCAAAUGCCAAGAGCAAAUUCGGCAACACAAGCUUUAACGGAAUCGCUAAUCCGGGCGGCAGUAACAACAACGGUAGCUUUAAGCCUUCAUCUUCUCCCGCUGCUUCUUCUCCUUCUACAUCAUAUUCACUGCCAUCAAUGCCUAAACUUUGCAAUAGUCCCUCAGCAUCGAAGAACUUAUCCGAAAAUGGGGAACCAUCAUCAUCUUCCACCUUCAACAACAAGGGUGCGGGAUUCUCUGGUGGAUUCUCGUCGAAGACUACCAACGGUGGCGGCAGCAACAUCCCGAACGGUCACCACCAGCACCACAACGGCAACCGCAAAUCGGUCAGUCUAGUGCCGUACGACGCGGACGAUGACGAGGAUGGCGAAGAUGAGGAGAACCAGAAGCAGACGGUUGGUGGUAGCAGCCAGAAGCGCAACGGCGGCUGGAACCAGGCGAAUGAGGACGACGACGAUGAUAGUGAUGGAGACGUGGAACGGAUACAAUCGCAUGGUCCAGUAAGUAACAACAACAGGCAGCAGCGAUCUUCGAAUCCUGUCGAAGAGGAGUACUCACCCAAGUCACCGCCCGUCAUAAAAACCAAAGCUGGCCUCUGGAAGGUAAGUGACAACCGUCCACAAACCAGCAGUAGCAGUAGCAGCAGCAGCAACACUUCACCUGCCACUUCCGGUAAUUCCUCCCCCGCCAACUAUGGCCACAUGAACGGCAAUAGCGGAAGCGGUGGUCCACUGGCAUCCGGCUACCAGCCAAACAAUCGGCAGUAUAAUAACGGUUACAACGGUUACCACGGUAACGGUAACGGUAACCGCAACGGCAACGGAAACGACGUCGUAAACCAGCUCCACCAAUUUUCGCACCGUGGUUACGGAGCACCGGUUCGUAGCUGGAACGGCCAGCAAACCAAUAUGGACCGCGAAUUGUCGAAUGAACGGCGGGAAGACAGGAAGCGGCAGUACGAAGACGAUUGCGACACUGAAAUGGAUCGGGGUCGGUCGAAGAAGGUCAAAACGCACUUCCAUCAUCAGCAGCAGCAACAGAGGCAACAACACCAGCAGAACCCAUUCCAGAUGCAUCAACAGAUGAACGGCGCAAACGGAGGUGGCGGAAACAACAAUUUCAACAGGAAGUGGAACAACAAUAAUAACAACCAGUUUGCUGGAAAGUACUACCAGAAUCGAGGAGGAAACUACUACCAAAACGGAAAUCAUCCCCGGAACUACAACAACGGGUUCCGCAACGGGCGUCACGGGCGCAACGGUUUUUACAAUAAGUCUCAUCACCAUCAUUAGCGUGACAAAUUUUAAUUCAAGCAGCCGUAAUACUAGUAAGCAGUAGUAGUAGGCCGUGCACUUUCUUCCUACCACUCUCCUACUUUUGUCCUUCAUUCUUCUUCCAUUUCCAUCAUCUCGAUUAUUGUUUCCUUCCCCUGUAAAUAUAUGUAAAACUAAAUAAGAGAGAACAUUUGUCGGUACAAACGAAUAAAUGCGAACGAAGAAACUGUCGAUAAGAAGGAAGAAAGUUAUCUUUUUUAUCGCCACACUGUUUUACCCCCGAUUCCCUACUCCCCGAUCCCGUCCCGUCCCGACGAUGGCCCUAGGCGAAAUCCACCAGAUGAAGCAUUUUUUCAAGCGAGCAAACCAACCCGCGUUUGUGUGAACCGAUAAGCCUGAGAAAAUUUGUGUAAAUAGUUUAUUAGAAAUCUUGUAGCUCUUUAUAUGGCACACUAUCAAUGGAAAAUAGUGUUAGUAGUUAUCUUAAUUCAUAGAAUUCACGUCAGUGCUAAAGCAUUAUUGGUCAAGCGCGGACGCAAGUUGUGUAAAGAAAAUAAUAAACCUUGUCUCUAGCUCACGUUUCUCUUUUGGUGGUAUAAAAGAUGAAAUUAAAACGGUACCGUUAGAUUCAAGUAGGCAAAGUUGUAAUCCUAGCCCAGCUAAUUGAAACAACAAGAACAGAAAUAAAAUAUACCUCUGCAUAUUCUGAAAGUUCUCUAAUCAAUAUCGACAAGAUAUGUAACAUAAGAAACGCAAACCGUAACGUUUAUACACGCAACGCUGCUUGAACAAAUAAUAUCUGAACUAUACAGUGACGGAAAGUAAAAUAAACGAAUAGUGAACUGAUUGCUUUUGAUCAUUACUAUCUUAGGAAAAACACACAUCUAGUAUCAAAAUAGUCAGUUUCUCCUCAUUGGCGUCAUCAGUCCAUUAUGCGUGUUUCCACGUUUUUUCGUUUCUCAUUUUCUCCGUUUCCGCCACGUUCGGAGUUCAUGUUCCUUUUCCACCAUCAUCGGAUGAUCAGAUUACGGUUGGGAAACCUUAACACCUGACAUUAAAAGAAAUCGCGAUCCUUCGAGAAAGACUGAAUCGCAUUCUUGAUUCAUAGCCUGUGAGGUACUAGAAUAUACCCCUUGAUCAACCAGAAUCGUGCAUCGUUUUAUAAACCAUAGAUAGUUCUAGCAGCAUUAAUCAUCAAAGCCGUGAAAAAAAAACUUUUAUGCAAUUCAGUGUCAUAAAUUCUGUUUUAUACUACUCAUUUCAGUAUCAUAAUUACCUACUUUUCUGUGCCGGUUCAUUAUGCAACUAAAAUGAGUUGCAUAAUGAAAAAAACUUGCAUAAUGUUCAUAAUGCAAUCCAUUUGAGUUGCAUUAUGAACAUUAUACAACUCAAAUGAGUUGCAUUAUGAAAAAAUCAUUGCAUAAAAUGUUGUAUGGAACUCGUUGCAAAAUUUGAUUUUUCAGCACUCUUCGUAUUUAUCCAACUCGGCAGGCCUCGUUGGAUAAAUGUACGACUCGUGCUGAAAAAAUCAACUUUUUGCAACUCGUUACAUAAAUAACUAGUGAAGCAAAAAAAAAAACACAAUAAGCAAAGUGUGCGGCUGUCAGAUCUUUUUGAAAGAGUGUCAAAGCAAACGAUCAAGUUAAAACACGCCGAAUGGAAGGAAUAAAUUUGCCUGGAUUGUAGAUUUACUUCUGAAAAUGGAUUAUAGUUUAGCCACCUUCCCUACAAUGUAAAUAUGAGUACAUACCCCACUUAACAAGUGCAGAAAACCAAUAUUGUAGCACACUGAUUAAAAAGAUGGAAACGGACAAAAAAUACUGACGAGAACACAAUAUUAAAAAAAAAAAAUUGCAAAGCGAAAAAAAAUGAUGCAAAAACAGAACUGUACAUGCAUAAGUUGAAUAAUAAACUAUAUAAGUUAAUUAUGAUACCGUAA